AUGUCGGCCACUGCGGCUCGCCCCGACCCAUUUCGCCCGGCCAAGAGGGUCGCUGGUCAGAAACAGGAUGUUUGGUCCAUUGUCAAUGAGGCUGCUGCCGCCUCGCCCGUUCAGCCCAUCGUGAACAUGGGUCAGGGUUUCUUUGGCUACAACCCUCCCAAGUUUGCUCUCGAUGCUGCUAAAGAAGCUCUCGACCGCGUCGAAUGCAACCAAUACUCCCCAACCAAGGGUCGUCCUCGUCUCAAGCAAGCCCUGGCGGAUGCCUACUCCCCCUCGUUUGGCCGCACCAUCAACCCGGACACCGAGGUUGUCGUUACGACGGGAGCCAAUGAAGGUAUGCUGAGCGCCUUCAUGGGGUUCAUCGAGCCCGGCGACGAGGUUAUUGUCUUCGAGCCAUUCUUCGACCAAUACAUCAGCAACAUCGAAAUGCCCGGUGGUACAAUCCGCUACGUCCCGCUUCACCCACCCAAGGAUGGCGCUACACGCACUUCCUCCGCGGCUGAAUGGUCCAUUGACUUCCAGGAGCUGGAGAACACGAUCAACUCGAAGACGAAGAUGAUUGUUCUGAACUCACCUCACAACCCCGUUGGCAAGGUCUUUUCCCGCGCCGAACUCGAGCGCAUUGGUGAGCUUUGUGUGAAACACAACCUGAUUAUUCUUUCCGACGAAGUCUACGACCGUCUCUACUACGUUCCCUUCACCCGCAUUGCUACGUUGUCCCCGGAGCUCUAUGAGCGCACCCUCACCGUGGGCUCGGCUGGUAAGGCUUUCUAUGCCACCGGUUGGCGUGUGGGUUACCUCAUCGGACCCGAGCACCUGAUCAAGUAUGUCUCCGGCGCCCACACUCGUAUCUGCUACAGCAGUGUUUCACCUCUCCAAGAAGCUGCCGCGGUGGCGUUCGAGCAGGCAGACAAGGUCGGCUUUUGGGACGAGAGUAGGAAGGAGAUGAAGGGAAAAAUGGAGCGUUUCUGCCAGGUCUUCGACGAACUCAACAUUCCGUACUCGGAUCCUGAGGGCGGAUACUUCGUCCUUGCAAACAUGGCCUCUGUGAAAUUGCCUGAGGAUUACCCUUUCCCUCCCCAUGUGGCCAGCCGGCCUCGCGACUUCAAGCUUUGCUGGUUCCUCAUUCACGAGGUCGGAGUUGCAGCUAUUCCUCCCACCGAGUUCUACACGGAUGCCAAUGCCCACAUUGCUGAGGAUUAUCUCCGCUUUGCCGUUUGCAAGAAUGACGAUGUGCUCGAAACGGCUAAAGAGAGGCUACGUGGCUUGAAGAAGUACAUCAAGCAGUAA